UCCAAACAUAGAACUGUGUCUAUUUAUUAUUGAGCUUGCGCUUUCAUUGAGCUUUGUGAAAUGCAACAUGAGCCUGCUUCCUGCUUUAAGAAAUACUUGUCACAGAGGUACCAAUGAAGGACCAAUGGGCGUGACUCUUCUUAUGAGCUGGGACGGGGCUGGAGCUGCAACAUUGGGUUAGUGAAGGGAAAAGUCUACUACUGCUGCCAUUGUUUUGUCUGUGCACCAUUUUAGAAUCAUAUAAUAAAGUAGAAAUGGACAUCAGUGAUUUGAACCACGGUGAGGCUCAGAAAUUCAGGAGGGACAGUCGAACCAGAGAAAUAGACCUCAUCAACAGAGACCCCAAUCAAAUCAACCAGGAUGUAGUCAAGGUGGAGUUUGAGGAUGUGAUCGCUGAGCCCUCUGGUACUCACAGUUUGGACGGUGUGUGGAAGACCAGCUACACCACAUUCACAGUGACCAAAUACUGGUGCUACCGCCUCCUCUCAGCUCUCCUGGGUGUCCCUCUGUCCUUGCUGUGGGGGGCGCUGUUCGCCUUCCUGUCUUUCUUCCACAUCUGGGUGGUGGUCCCCUGCACCAAGAGCUGCCUCAUAGAGUUCCAGUGUUUGGGGCAGAUGUACUCUCUGGUUUUGCACACGUUUUUAGACCCACUUUUUGAGGCGCUGGGGAAGAUAUUCAGCAGAGUGAAAGUGGCAUUACGCAAAGAGGUGUGAAGGUUUCAUUAAUGGACAUUUCUGCAAUAAACACAGUAAUAUGUUAUAAGUAAUGUUUUAAUUCAGGCUGUAUAAUAUGUGCUCUUAUGAUGGAACUUUUUCUGUUGGGGCCAAAAUGGGGACACAACCGAAUUGAAUGUAAUUUUGAAAUGCUUUGACUAGGCUACUGUUU